AUGGCUGAUGAUAAGGAUGCUACCCUGCAAAAAAUCCUUGACACCCUUGGAAUGACAAAGCAAGCCGUCAGCCCAAUACCACCUCCGAAUAAUGCAACCAUGAAGCCGCCAAGAACGGUCAAGGAUAAUGAGUAUUCUUUACCUACUUCUACGAUGGCCCCAUUUCAUGUCUCUUUAAAGGGCUUCGGGGGCAGGAACUUGGAUCAACAAGAUGCUACCAGUCGGCCCUUAACUGAGCAAGGGCACUGUUUACCGGAUUCGGCGUUGUCGUCAAUUGCACAACAUGAUGACUCUUCGCUCAUUGCAUUUGAAGGUGAUCAGUCGGUCCUGAGUCUCUUGAGAGAAGACAGCCCGGGAAGUAUAUUCGACGCCUGGCUUUUUGACCUAGACUUCGGUACACACAUUACGCCCUCUGCAUCCGACAUGCAGCAACAACAAUUUAUCUUGGGCUCUUCGCCCAAUGAUGGACUUGCUAUACCACCAACGGUCCAGGCAGAAUCUAUCGAAACUGUUUAUAGCGAAAGUAGCUCUACCCUUCUCAAGGAACCGGCCAGCACGUCCGACAUUGAAGGCCUGGUUGAUGAGAUCUCCGACCGGGUUGGUACGUUGAAAAUUGGCCCUGGAGGGAAAACACGCUUUUAUGGCCCGACCUCAACCUUUAAUUUGAGGGAAAUGGCAUCCUCAGACAGUUAUGAACCCAACCAGGCGAGCCCCACCGAUCAUUACUGGUCAGAGGAAGAAAUUCCUGCGGAAGUAGAAGAUCAUCUGCUCGAUCUAUACUUCACCUGGCAGGACCCAUCAUUCCAUGUCGUUGAUCGACAUAUUUACGAAGAAGCAAAAGAAAAGUGGAAAAACAUGGAAGAGACUCCUUUCUAUUCAGAUGCACUGCGGAAUGCAAUGUGUGCGCUUGGUAGCGCUUUUGAAUCUCGAUACCAUCCAACUGUUAUCACGUUCCCAAAGACGCUUGUUGAGUUUUUUGCCGAUCGCGCCAAGUCAAUACUUGAAACAGAAUUAGAUUCUCCUUGUGUUGCAACCAUUCAAGCAAUGGUCAUCUUGAGCAGCCAUGAGAUUGGAAACGGAAAAGAUGCAAGAGGGUGGCUUUAUAGCGGAUCGGCGUUGAGGCUGUCAUUCGAUCUUGCUUUGCACCUUGACAUGUCUAGCUACGUGACUGCAGGGAUAAUCUCAGCUGCCCAUGCAGACCUUCGCAGGACUGUUUUCUGGACCGCAUACAUUGUUGACCACCAAUUAGGAUUCCACCUAGGUAGACCCUUCCGCACCAGCAUGGAGGAUGUGACGGUUGAAAAGCCCCGUCAAAAAGCAGGUUCCAGAGGGCAUUGCGGAUGGACACCUUCCGAGCCGUCGUCUUCUGCCAGCCACGAAUCUGGCUUACUGGACAUCAAAGACGCAAUCAGCCAACAACUAGUUUGUCUCUGCGAGCUGAUGGCUCCAUGCGGGUAUAUCCUAUACGGUACCUCCAGUAUCUCAAAAGAGACUCUUCAAGAGCUCAAUGUGAAGAUUGUCGCCGAGCUCCACAAGUGGAAAGCUACCCUUCCGCCUAUUUUACAGAUUGAUCUUGACGACGUCACCUCCCCAUACCCUCCGCAUGUGCUGCUUCUCCACAUGCAAUACCACCAGAACAUAAUCUACGCCCACAGACCAUGGAUAUCAAAAAGUCAACUACAACCGCAACCACCAAGAGGACCCGGAUACACGCACGCCCGCGAAAUGUGCAUCCAAUCCGCCAUCGCAAUCUCCAAGGUCCUCAAUAUGUAUGAGUCUCGCUACACACUGCGUCGAAUCAAUGUACAAGCAGUUUCCAUCACGUCCUCCGCCAUCCUAUUCCUCCUCUUUGCCGCCGUCUCGAAUUACACCAUCCACUCUCAAGGCAAUAUCUCACUGUAUCUAACGACAUGUUUCAGAGCCUUGGAUGAGUUCACUCUCUCCUGGAAAAGCGCCCAGAGAGCAAAAGACCUUUUAGUUGGUUUACAGCGUCAGUGGCAUCUACGGACGCGGUCAAAAAAACAGCCACAGCAGGCUGACGGGUUGGUAUUGUAUACUCCGCGGAAACGGUUGAGGACAUCUAGCGAACUUCAUCGAACGGCGCCUGUUUCCCAUGAUCCAGCUUUGUAG